UUGGCGAUAAAACUUGAUUUCUCAAGAGACAAGAUGUCAUAAAGCUGUUGGAUUGCCAGUGGUAGUGGUGACUCUGCCAGUCACGUACCAGCUCUUCUGUUGAGGAUGGAUGUAGCGCUCUCAGUAAUUUUGUGGUAAGAGCAGGGCUCUGUGAGUCAUUGAAGGUUGCUAUGAGAAACCCAGUAGUGUUUCCAUAGGGCAUAGCAAUGUAAUUAUAGAAGCUUCAUUUGAAAAUGGGUGAGAUGUCAGUUAUUUGUAGCUCUGCUUCAGAGCAAGAGAAACAAUAAAUGUUGAAAUUAUGUUCUCUGCAUCUGCAUGUGGUCUUCCAGGAGAUAGGCUUGGGUUUGCUUUUUGUCUGCUGGAGCUCUUGCUGAUCUGGGUACUGUUCUGAGAAGCAGCAAUAAAGGACAUUCCCUAUCAACCCAGAACAACUGCUUUGUAGUUUGGCUUUUGGCUUUUGCAAGAAAAGCAACAGAUCCAAGAAUCACAGAACACAUUGCAUGAGGGAAUGUUAUUAAACAGUAAAUGCCUUACUAUGCUCUGCUUAAAAUUUUUGAUAAAACGUUGAAGCAUUGAGGGAGAAUAAUCCUGCAACAUCUGUAAGGCUCUACAUAAGAAACACUGUUUUAUUGUAGAACAUCCCAGCAGAUGUGCUCCCCAUCCCAGUGGGAGGCUGACUGCCUGGCAGAAGAUAGUCUGUAAUCAGAUCCCUGCAGCUCUGCAUUGCUCUAGUGUGUCUGUUUAGAAUCUAGCAGUGUCUUGCUUCAUUUUAUGGUUCAUAUUGCUGUCUGUGAGAUGGAUUUCUUCAUCUGAAAUGAAAAUUGGUAAACAUGCAAGUCCAAAAUAAAGCUUGUGAGUUGGAUUUAUAAAAACCUGUGUUAUUGGUUUCAGUCAACUGAAAAAUCAAUUUAACUGGUUUUUUUUCGGAUGUGAGCUCUAGCUUCUCAAGCUUUAAUCAACAUAACAUAACAUAACUUUCCUGCCUUUUUUUCUGACACUGAUUACAAGACUUCUUAAAGUAUUUAACUACAAUUAGCAUCUGAAGCAAAAUCGUAGGGAUUGGGAAUGAUAUUAUUUUAUUGACAUUUUGCUCUUAAAGGGGGGGAAACAUCCAUGAAACUUGUUAAUACUACCUCCUACCUACUUAUCCAAUAGAAAUAAAAAUUAUAUGCACAAUAAUUAAACAGACCAGAUAGGCUUUGCAGAUAAUUUAUAGCUGCCUUGGAAUACUGAGUGUAGACUAUCUCAGUCUACAUGGAUGGGAACAAGAAGGAAGUGUUAGAGAUUUCUUAAAUCUAGUGCUAUGCUUUGAUCACUCCUGAGAACAGGGGAAAGAAAUUUUGGGUUUGUUUGCAGGCCCCUUAAAUGUCACAUUUGUGUGGGAUUUUUUUUGUGGCUAAGAUGCUUAAGGACUUUGUUUACAGUAGGGAUUUGACAGGAAAGAAUGGAAUAUUUGUUUUAUGGGUUAUCCAUCAGUGAAAUGUUGUUUAUUCCAAUUCUUAGUGAUAGAUUCUGCUAGGAUUACUGUGGUAUUGACACUGUGGGGAAUAAAACCAAAACUGACGUAUUUGCACCUGUGAGAUAAUGCACAUAUCUCUCCAGGUGCAUUAAUUUGUAAAAUGAUUUGCUUCUGUAUGAUGAUUGCCUUUAGGGGUUUGCUUUUUGCAAGCUUACUGUGGAACAUUUAUCCACUCACUCCUAUGUUAGGGUUAUUUAACAGUCUUGGAAUGGUGCAUGCCAUCUCCUUGCACUGUCAUAUGGCCUUGUGGUUUUAUUAAUUACACUGAAUUCGUCAUCCUAGGAAUGUAAUGAGUGGGUUAUUACUAUUUUUUUUCCUCAUAGAUAAUCCUAGCAACCUUUCCACAUUCUGUUUUGACCAGUGGCACAAGCAUUACAUGGCCUCUUUUACAAGAUAAAUACAUUGCAAUGUAGAUGUAAGGAGAAAUAGCAGCAGCAGUAAAACAACUCUGCUGUGACUGUGUGCAGGUAUAAACAAGGCAGUAUAUUCACAUGUAAUGUAAAUCUUGUUUUAUGCCUUUUUAGAAAAGAAAUAGACCAAUUUCAGGCAAACAUAUAAUCUGUGAAUUAUAUAUUAAGUAUAACAGAUUUAUUUUUUUUAAAUUUUUUUUAAUCUUGCAGCAUUUUAAUCAAGCAGCCAAGUAGUGAGUUGUUAGGUGGACAAUCCAAUGAAAUCAGCAUCUGGCAGGUAAUAUUUGAGGUUUUAGAGUCACUGAGUAACUAGAUUUUCCCAUAUUUAAUUUAGGUAUUUAAUUCUUUUAAUAGCUAGGAAUAGAGUUUUUGUAUUCUGAUAUUGUAAUUUCUGUAUGUUCAUCAUCUUUGUUUCAUGCUGUCAUUCAGCAGAAGAGUAAGUGAAAAGUAAUAUAUAAUUUUAGUAAUUAGGAUAAAAUUUCCUUACAAUAUCAUUAGGUUACCUAAUUUCAGAAGCCUUGUAUGAAAAUACUUUAUAUAAUACCAUAUUUUAACCUUUUUCUCUAAUGUUUGUUGUGUGCAUCCAUCGGCUACAGAUCAAAUGUAAUGUCAGUUUCAAGCAGAUGCUGAACUGUUGAAUUCAUUGUAAUUCAGCUAAUAGAGGUAACAACAAAGCAUAUAGUUUCCUCAUAGUAACCUGUGAUUAUUGUGGCCUGUGAAUAAUUCACAGUUAAUGGAGAAUGUAUUAAGGUGUCAAUGCAGCAUUAGGCACUGAAGUACUGUACUGUCUUAUGUUCCUUGAAUCUAAGAAGGAACUGGAAUAUCCUGAUCCUCUUAAGCUACUGAAUUGAAAUCCUGAAAAAGAUGUUUUCAUGUAAUUUGUUUUAAUAGACUUUGUAAGCUCAAGGGGAUGACUGACACUGCAAGAUUAUGACGUUACCUUGCCAAGCUGCUUACCAGAAAAAGCAGCAGAAUUCUCCUUACACAGUUUGCAAGCAGGCUUUUUUAAUACAGAUGUUGAACCUUCAGUACAGAUGUUGAGUUUUACAGAGGGAAUUAUCAGAGUGGAUUAGAUGUUGUUUCUUUUCUCUGAUUGUUCUGCUUUUUCACCUCUUCCCAAAACUCUUGACAUAGUGAAUAUUGGGCUUUCAUACAGCUCUGGAGGUACUUUGUGAAGUACUUAUUUAACUAAAACAAGAUUGUACUGAAAUAGGCUUGUCUAAAUAUAUAGUAGUCUUAGGCAUAGAAGGAAAAAAGUAACUAAGAUAACUAUAAAAUUUUACAUCAAAAUUAUGUUAUGAAAUGACCACAGAUUGCUUUUGUCUUAUUAUUACUUUUGUCUAGAAAAUGCAAAGCGUGCUUGAGCAAAGUGUGAUUGCAGGACUCUGACCUAUAUUUGUCAGAUUUAGCAGAAGCUGUCUGCUAAGUAGCACAUCAUCUACUAAAUGCAAUCACAUUAUUUUCCCAAAUUCAAGUUUCUAAAAUGAAAUACAAAAUGUAUGAAGAUGAUAUUCUUCAACCAAAUCAAUCUUUCCUCUAGCUAUUUUGAAAAGUUUACUGUCUUCCUCUGAAGAUCCUUGUGUUCCUUGGGAAAGGCAGUAAGGUGAAACUUGGCAAUGGGAAAGAAGAAAAUUCAAAGGAAAAAAACCCACACCACAUUCUUUCUCUUGUAUCGUCAUGCAUAACUCAAGCUUGAAUUGUAUGUGAAUGCAUUAGCUCUGUGUGUUUAUCUGAAAGAUACAGUGUUAACUGUGAUGAUGAAUCUUCCCUUUUAAUUCUCAUGCUUUGUAGAUUCUGAACCUGAGCUUUAAAAAAAAAAAAUCCCUUUUGUAUAUAGGUUAGGUAAAGGUGCAUUUAAAGAGGCAUUGAGAUUUUUCUGUUGAGGAAGAGAAGUAAUUGGUUCCAAGUAGUUUGACAGUUACUUCAUUUAUAUAACUUCCUAGGGAUAAAAACAACAGAAUGAAGUUGAUUAAAGCUCUAGCUACCAAGUAAUGAGAAUAUUACUUUUCCUCAAAAAACUCACACUAAUUUACAACAUUUGUUGACUUUCUUGAUGAAACGUGAGCACUUGCUCAAUGGAAGUGCAUUUUCAUAAUUUUGUAGAGAUUGGAGUUAGAAGCAACCACUAUCUGGUAGUUGUACAGAGGGCAUUGAAUGAAAUAUUCAGAAUUCCUACUUAAAAUAACUCGUGGUGUUCCUUGAAUAUACUUUUCUAGAGUUUUUACAACCCUUUUUCUGUUCAUUCAUUUUCAUCUGUGAUCAUUUUAACACAUUGAUUUUUCAUAUUUAAGAAAAUAGAAGGCACAGUCAUUGGUAGCCAUCCUCCCACUGAAUACCUCUCUAACUGGCAAUUUUUAACUAUUAUGGAUUUCUCAAUAGAAAGGUUGUAGUGUCCCAGUCAUGCAUGAGGAAUAGCAUACUGCUAUUUCUUAUCCCCACUUCAAAAUUUUGUAUUUUAAUAUAACUAUUAUUUAAUAUUAAUAUUUAUAUGAAAUAGACAUAUUUCAUAUGUCUAGCAGGAGCUAGGCCAGUAUGAAGAGAGAAUUGUGAAGACAUGUAUAAAAUAAAACUACUUGGACACAAGACUGCUCUGUGAAUUUACCUAGGUUCAGAUCUGCCUUCCUGCCUUCAGCUCACCCACCAGCCCAUGACUGUGCCUGGUGGACACCGGUGUCUUUCUGACCUCCUUGCUUCUGUCUGCACAGAGUUGGAAGAAUCCAGGAAUUUGAAGUUUUGAGUAGCGGGCGUCUUACAAGAUUACCACACCUAAACUGAAAAGGGAGAUGCAGCUCUGAGUACCAGAUUGGUGUGUGCACUGCAUGUACAUGAAAACGCACAUGUUUUUGUCAUCACCUAGACUUGCUCUGGCAUAUUCCUGAGAGCUUUGCAAUUGAUGAAAAUUAAUUUGAGAACCAGAUGGAGCACCUUCUCAGCACAGGAAUCAGUAAUCCAUGGAAAGACACCUGCCAGUAAUGUUCAACUUUCCACAUGUUCUUCACGGGUGAAAAAAGUCUGCAAGAAGAGAAAGAAAAAACAUCCUCUGUGCAGAAGAAGCCUAAUAAAUACCUCCACAAUCUAAAUCGAUAGCUGUGAGGGAAACAGAAGAAUCAAGAGGGCAGAGGAAACUGGUUUAGUUCUAGCAGAGGAAUAAUGUAUGGUCUUCGGCAUGUUUUGCUUUGGGCUCAGUAGAUUGUGAAUGGACAAUAAAUCGUGACCUUCUGCUGAGUAAUGAUGACUGGAAGUAAAUAAGUUGAGGAACUAUGGGACAAGUCUGGGCAUUGAACUGAGCAAACCUCGCCAUCCUUCUUGAGUUAACCAGGUCAUCAAACUUGCAUAUCCUUUCUCCCUCUCCUUUUUCCUCUUUUCACUUAGUGUGAUAUAAAUACUAGCUAAUUGAGCUCAUAAAUGUUAUUCAAAUAAAACGAUUGGAAUACUUCAUAUGUUUCCUUCUUGUACAGCUGCAAAUGUUGUGUCUGGAACUAUGAAUCUGUGCUGUAGACAAGCAUCAAGAAGGAAAGAUCCUGUCAAACAAGCAAGGAAAAUACCUAGAGAAAUAGUGAAUCCAGGAAGUCAGAUUUUUAAUGCUGCUUCUCUUUCUUUUUUAGAUGAUUCUAUUUCUUCCUUCCUUGAAUUUUAGAAGAUUUUGAAAGAGUGCUUACUUGAUGUGCUUUAAUUCUGGCAUUUGUUUUUUAUGGUAGAAUGAAAAGUCUGUGAUUCCUUGUAGCAGAAAAAAAGGGAAAAGUAAAGGAAAAACAGCUUGACAUUGUAGCCCGUUUCACAGGAGAGAGAACUUCAUGGUUCACCUGAGGCAAACUUACCUACUUUGAAAGCUAAAAGCUUUAGAGCAUUUUUGAUUCUGCUAUAAAUGGAGAGGGGGUUCUUUUUCAUUCGUGUGUGGCAGCAAAAAGUGGGAAAGCAGGCAAGAUAGCGUGAUAAACAGUUCAGGCUGUGUUGGGUCUCUGGUGGAAAAAAAGUGCUGCGAUGAAAAUUGGAUUGGCUUUGGAUUGCAAAAACUUUUGAGUCCAACGAGCAGUUCAGUACCAAGAGGGAUUUCCCAACUGGCCUGGCACACCAGUGCCUGCACAAGUUCGGGUCUGUUGUUUCACACGGUUUGUGUGCCUUUUUUUCCCUUUAUGCAAUCUCUUUCAGCUUUAGCAGCAGAAAUACAUCAGAUGGAAAAGAUAUGCCAGAGGGCAGCUUGGAAAAGAGGAAUGUCAUAUAUAUACAUAUAUAUGUAUGUGCGUGUGUUUAAAUUUCUGCAACUGAACUUUUGAAGAAAAUCUGACUGGAGGAAAUUUUAAAAGCCUUAAGUUACUUGAAACCUACACAUUUGCAACUCUUUGUCUCUGGAAUUGCAUUACGCUAAACUGGAAUCUCAGGCUGAAUAAAGAUUAUAUCAAGUUGAGCAAAAAGAUGACUUAACCAUUUCUUGAGCGCCUCUUAUGAAGUAGCUGUUUCUCCAAAGGAUAAGUGCACCCCCACUCUACAGACUCAAAACAAAAAUGAACCUGAAUUUUUUUUUAAGUGUUACUUUUUCUUAGCCAACUGCCAUCAUCUUUUAUAGAGGAAUUUUUCACUAUGCAUUUGGUGGAUAUUUAUAAACACUGACCCCAUCCUCCUCCCUUUCAAUGAUCUAUCCAGGUCAGUCUUAUCAAUAAAAAAAAAAAAAAUUGAUUUAAAUUUUGUGCACUAGACAUAUUACUUUCUUAUGUCAAAAAAUAAAAUAUUUAAAAAGCAUGUAUGCAGCAGUGGAACAUGGGCCUGUUCUUUGCAGCGAUUCCAACAUCCUCUGCCUCUCCUGGAAAGGCAGAGUCCCCAAAAGUGAGAAGGAGAAGCCGGUGUGCAGGAGGCGAUACUAUGAGGAAGGCUGGCUGGCAACGGGCAAUGGCAGAGGAGUUGUAGGCGUCACUUUCACUUCCAGCCAUUGCAGGAGGGACCGGAACACCCCUCAGAGAAUCAACUUCAAUUUGAGGGGCCACAACAGUGAGGUUGUGCUGGUGAGAUGGAAUGAACCAUUCCAGAAGUUAGCAACCUGCGAUGCAGAUGGAGGAAUAUUUGUUUGGAUACAAUACGAAGGCAGAUGGUCUGUGGAGCUUGUGAACGAUCGUGGGGCACAGGUAAGCGACUUUACAUGGAGCCAUGAUGGGACUCAGGCACUUAUCUCCUAUAGAGAUGGAUUUGUGCUGGUCGGUUCAGUCAGUGGACAAAGACACUGGUCUUCAGAAAUAAACUUGGAGAGUCAGAUCACCUGUGGCAUAUGGACUCCAGAUGACCAACAGGUGCUGUUUGGCACUGCUGAUGGACAAGUCAUCGUCAUGGACUGCCAUGGGCGCAUGCUGGCCCACGUGCUCCUUCAUGAGUCAGAUGGCAUCCUCAACAUGUCCUGGAACUACCCCAGCUUCCUGGUGGAGGACAGCAGCGAGAGCGACACGGACUCCGACGACUAUUCCCCACCACAGGAUGGACCAGCUGCCUAUCCAGUCCCGGUGCAGAACACCAAGCCACUACUGACUGUCAGCUUCACGUCAGGAGACAUCAGUUUGAUGAACAAUUACGAUGACUUGUCUCCCACUAUCAUCCGCUCAGGGUUGAAAGAUGUGGUGGUUCAGUGGUGCACACAAGGAGACCUGCUUGCCGUGGCAGGCAUGGAGAAGCAGAACCAGCUGGUUGACCUCAGCAAUGGUUCCCUGCUGAAAAGCGCCCUUGUCAAGUUCUACAACGUGCGUGGGGAGCACAUCUACACUCUGGAGACACCUGUGCAGCGUCCCAUCAUCUCCAUCUGUUGGGGUCACAGGGAUUCCCGCCUGCUGAUGGCGUCUGGGCCCGCGCUGUACGUUGUCAGAGUGGAGCACAGGGUCUCCAGCCUGCAGCUGCUGUGCCAGCAGAGCAUCGCCAGCUGCCUGCGCGAUGACAAGGACAUCAGCAAGCUGACCCUACCCCCUCGGCUCUGCUCGUACCUCACCACUGCCUUCAUACCAACAAUCAAGCCUCCAAUCCCAGACCCAAACAAUAUGAGAGAUUUUGUCAGCUACCCAACAGCUGGUAAUGAACGGCUGCACUGCACCAUGAAGCGGACGGAAGAUGACCCAGAGGUCGGUGGUCCCUGUUACACACUGUACUUGGAAUACCUUGGGGGACUGGUGCCCAUCCUGAAAGGACGUCGUAUCAGCAAGCUGCGCCCGGAGUUUGUCAUCAUGGAUCCUAAAACAGACGGAAAAGCAGAUGAAAUCUAUGGAAACAGCUUGAUUUCCACUGUGAUUGACAGCUGCAACUGCUCUGACUCCAGCGAUAUCGAACUCAGCGAUGACUGGGCAGCAAAGAAAUCUCCAAAAAUCAGUCGAGCUAGCAAAUCACCUAAACUCCCCAGAAUCAAUAUAGAAGCUCGCAAAUCUCCAAAGAUGUCACGAGCUGCACAGGAGAUCUCAAGAUCACCAAGGUUACCAAUAAGGAAACCCUCUAUUGGUUCUCCAAGCCUGACACGAAGAGAGUUUCCUUUAGAAGAUAUUACUCAGCACAACUACCUUGCUCAGGUCACAUCUAAUAUCUGGGGAACCAAAUUUAAAAUUGUGGGUUUGGCUGCUUUCCUACCAACUAACCUUGGUGCAGUAAUAUAUAAAACCAGUUUGCUGCAUCUGCAGCCCAGGCAAAUGACAAUAUAUCUCCCAGAAGUGCGGAAGAUUUCAAUGGACUACAUUAACAUGCCUGUCUUUAAUCCAAAUGUUUUCAGCGAAGACGAAGAUGAUUUACCAGUGCCCGGCGCCCCCGGCGCGCCCGCCAGCAGCCCGCCCUGCACCGUCAACAUCCCCAUCGCGCCCAUCCACAGCUCGGCGCAGGCCAUGUCGCCCACGCAGAGCAUCGGCCUGGUGCAGUCGCUGCUCGCCAACCAGAACGUGCAGCUGGACGUGCUGGCAAACCCGCCGGCCGAGGCGGGGGGCGAGGGGCCGGGGCCCUUCCCGGGGGCUCCGGGCCGCUUUCCCGGCCCCGGGGCGGGGGCGCUGGCCGUGGGCGAGCUGGGCCGCCCCGGCCCGCCGCCGCUCGCCCCGCCGCCCCCCGCGCCCCCCGCCAUCGCCCUGGCCGACCUGCGGGACCACGGCGACCGCGAACACGAGCCCCCGCCCAAGGCCAAGGCCCCGCGGCCGGCGCCGCCGCUGGUAGAAGGGGACGCCGUCAUCUUCGGGGCCGCUCAGGAGCUGCAGCUGAACAAGAUGAACCCGCCGCCUCCCUACCCCGGCACCAUCCCCGCCGUGCCCGCCGCCCCCCUGCCGCCCCCGCCCGGGCCCCCGCAGCCGCCCCUCGAUCUCUGCCUCAAGAAGGGCGAGUUCUCCCUCUACCCGGCGGGGCACUACCAGACGCCCCUGGGGUACGAGCGGAUAACGACGUUCGACAGCAGCGGGAAUGUGGAGGAGGUGUGCCGGCCUCGCACCAGGAUGCUCUGUGCCCAGAGCACCUACACCCUGCCGGGCCCCGGCAGCUCCGCCACCUUGCGCAUCACGGCUGCCGAGAAGAAGAUGCAGCAGCCCUGUGCCAGUGCCACCUUGAACCGGCUCACGGUCCCCCGUUACUCCAUCCCAGCCGGGGACCCGCCGCCCUACCCUGACAUUGCCAGCCAGCUGUCCCAGGGCAGAAGCAUGGCGCAGAGGCUGGACAGCAGUAUCAUUCAUGCUACUCUGCGGAGGAACAGCAGAGAGGCAGCCCUGAAAAUGGCUCAGCUGAUGGAUGGUCAGAGAGCCACCUUGCAACUUCCCCCUAAGGCCAAGAGCAACGUUGUGUCAGCACAGUACCAGCAGAGAGUGCCCACAGCCUUGUACACCUGCAGCCAGUGCAGCAGUGGCGGCGCUGGCGGCAGCAGCAGUGCGAGCGCUGGUGGCGCGGGCAACAUCGCUAGUGCCAAUGCUGGUAGCAGCGCUUCCAGCAUUGGUGGCAUGAGACCAGAUCUGAGCACAGGGAGUGGCUCCCAACACAGCUCUGUCAUUGCUCACUCUGUCAGUACUUCGCCUCUGGCCUCCCAGUCCUCCUACAGCUUGCUGAGCCCGCCUGACAAUUCCCGUGACCGAGCGGAUUAUAUCAACUCCGCUUUCACGGAGGAUGAGGCCCUUUCUCAGCACUGCCCAGUGGAGAAAUCAGUACGGCACGUACCCGUGUCCUUGACAGAGGCUACCCUAAAUGUAAAACGGCCACCGCCGUACCAGUGGGAUCCUAUGGUGAGCGAAGAGAUAUGGGUUCCUCAGGAAAGGACAUCUCAGAGCUCAGUGCCAAACCCUCUAAAACCUCCUCCGCUCAUCAUUGGUCAAGCUCAACAUCUGGAUAUGUCUCGAGUGCCAUUUGUUUCCCCCAAGUCUCCGACCAGUCCCACUGCCACUUUUCAGACGAGUUACGGGGUUGGAGUACCUUACCCAGGAAGCUACAGUGCCCCACCCCUUCAGGGAAUGCAGGCCCCCUGCUCCCCCAAAGAAGCUCUGGCCCCAACACAGUUUGCACAGCAGGAGCCCACAGUUGUGCUUCAGCCAGGUUAUUCAUCCAGCCUCCCCUAUUGCCCUUUGCCGCCCAUGUACCCGGGAAGCAGCACUUGCUCUAGUUUACAGCUGCCACCGAUCGCCUUGCACCCGUGGAGCUCCUACAGCGCCUGCCCACCCGUGCAGAACCCCCAGGGCACCCUGCCCCCCAAGCCGCUCCUCGUGGUGGAGAAGCCGGUGAUGUCUCCCCCGCCAGCAGAGCUGCAGGGCCACGUGGGCACAGAGGUAAUGGUGGAGACGGCAGACACUUUCCAGGAGGUGCUCUCCUUGACAGAAAGCCCUGUUCCUCAAAGGACAGACAAAUUUGGCAAGAAGAGCCGGAAACGCCUGGACAGUCGAGCCGAGGAAGGAAAUGUGCAGGCUAUCACUGAGGGCAAGGUCAAAAAGGAGGCAAGGACACUGACUGACUUCAAUUCACUGAUAGCCAGCCCUCGGCUGGGGAGGGAGAAGAAGAAGGUCAAGAGCCAAAAAGAUCAGCUGAAGUCCAAGAAACUAAACAAGACAAAUGAGUUUCAGGACAGUUCGGAGAGUGAGCCGGAGCUUUUUAUCAGUGGAGAUGAACUGAUGAACCAGAGCCAGGGCAGUAAAAAAGGUUGGAAAACUAAAAGGAGUUUGAGGACAGCCAGUGAGCUGGAUGAAUUCAAGUGCCGGAAGGCCAGUGAGAAGGAGGAUGGGCGACUGGGAAGCCAAGGCUUUGUGUAUGUGAUGGCCAACAAGCAGCCGCUGUGGAACGAGGCAACACAAGUCUACCAGCUGGACUUUGGAGGACGCGUGACCCAGGAGUCGGCAAAAAACUUCCAGAUUGAGCUGGAAGGACGACAGGUGAUGCAGUUUGGAAGAAUUGAUGGCAAUGCUUACAUUUUGGACUUUCAGUAUCCAUUUUCUGCAGUGCAAGCCUUUGCUGUUGCUCUGGCUAAUGUGACUCAACGCCUCAAAUGAAAAAGCAGAGACUGGAGAGAGGAAAAUGUUAACCUUCUCAUAAAGUCCAAAUGGAAAAUGUCAGGGCAGCCUGCUUUAGGUGUGCAGAGAUGCCUGGGAGUUAAGAAGGCAGUAAAACUGGAAAAGUCUCUUGGUGCCCACCAGAAGGGCAUUAACUCUAAUCAGUCAUGGGGUGGAGGGUGGGGGGCUGUUUUCUGUUUGUUUGUUUGUUUGUUAGCUUGUUUGUUUUCUGGUUUCUUUUUCUUUUCAAGCAUUGUGCUGGGUCUCAGAAAGAGCAAAGGGUUGAGAACCAUUCAGUGUUACGUGGAGAAGUGUGGCUUUUGGCUUGUUGUGGUGGUUCUGCUGUGUGUGCUACAGUAGCUGAUGUAAGCUCAUGGGGGGAUUAAAACAGACUGCUCUUUUUGAUGGACUGCAUUAUCUCAUGCUGUUUUUUUAAAAACAGGGAACAUGACUUUUUUCUGGUCCAGUUUGUACUUCUACUACUAAAACAUCAGUGAUAGCAGCAAAAAAAGUAAAAACAAGAAGCUAUAAUACUUGAAGACAUGUGUUUCUUCUCUGAUACCUGCUAUUAACUGAGCGCCACAGGUUCCAAGGAGGCUUAUGUAGGUAAACUUUUAAUUUAUAAACAGUGAUGUAUUACUCAGAAGAGAAAAAAUUGUUUCCAGUGGGUGUUUGUCAUGGUUUAGGAAUGGUUUUCUCCAAUUUAGUGUUUCCACCAAAGCACUCCAAACCAUGCACCACUCGCUCACUGCCCCCUCCCCUUUUCCCUUCCCUGAGUUGGAUGGAGAGGAGAAUUGGAGGCACAAAAGGUAAAGAUCACAGGUAGAGAGAAGAACGAUUUACUGCAGACAGCAGUGAAAUAAGAAAGCAAACAGUAACAGCAGCAAUGUUAAUAACAGAGUGCAUGAGAGGUGAAGGAUUCACACGCGUGUCCUCACCACGGGAGAGUCUCUGCCAAUACCUGACUGUGCUGCCACACUAUGGGAGCCUUCCCAUGGCCCCAGAAAAUGAUGGGAGGUGGUAUAGAAUAACCUCUGGGUUGUAGCCAUUCCCUCUCCGGGCUACUGCAAAAAUUAACUCUGUCCUGGCUAGAACCAGGGUUUAAAAACCUACUGUAUCAAAGAAGUUGACGUCUGCUUGUUUUGUAUGCUGUUAGGGGGGAUAAACAUCUUGCAGUAGGUGACAGAAAACAGAGGAGCAGUUGCAAGCACUGCUUCUUUUGUUAGUGGCAUAAACAUCCUUCAGUAGGUGACAAAAAACUGGAGAGGAAAUAAUCAUGAGUGUCGCUUUUUUGUUCACAUUGUUCAGCAGUAUUCUAUAAUUUGGCCUCUAGCUGGGAGAGGUACAGUGUGAUCAGAUGUACCUCUGAGGCCGUGCCUGUGCUUGCUCCUCAUUUCAGUGUGUUUACACCAUGUAAACAAAGCUUUACCAGCAAAUGAGAAGACCCAGUGCAUUCAGUCCUCUUAGCAAUCAGUAUCAAUCAAGUUCUACAACAGUGCUUGAAUUAGGAAGGAGACAGAAGUGUAGCAAGUCAUUACAAGAAGACAUUUCAUCAGGGAAGCAAAUUCACUGCAGGAAACAACAUCAUGGCUGGCUGGCGAACAAAUGAGUUGAAAGAGAAAGGAAAAAUUGGACAGAAUCAUGUCUUUUGUCACCCACCUUGCCACUUGUUACAGCUAAAAGCAGGAAGACAGUGUCUACAUGGAUUGUGAAAGGAAAGCUUAAUACCAGUAGUAUGACUGUGCAGUUCUCUGUGGUGCACAUGUGGACAUGUUGAGCAUUUCAGAAGGUUGCUUGCACAGAAGAGUUUCUUUGUUGUCAAUGUGUUGUGCACACGUUUACUUGCUUUUUUUCUCUUUCCUCAUUGUCAGCAUUUUGCUACAGAAUAUGUUUUGAUAUGGAAAUAGUUUCACCAGUAAUAUACAAACCCCCAAACUACUCAUAUAAUUAUAUGGACAUUAGAUUACAAAACAUCACAGCAGAUUUUUGUAAAAAUUGAUCUUUUGAAGUUAAAGAUCACUGGGAAAGAUAUGCUGGUUGAGAUGUCAAGAGCUGCUUUGUCUUUCAUCCACGGUUUAGCUUCUUUACUUGAAAAAGCCCCUAUAACUUGAGAUGAAUACGUGUGAUUUUCUCUUUGUUUUUCUUGAGUCCUGGUAGUAGGGCCAAUGCGUGUUGUGUUUGAUUUGUUCUAGAAGAACAUUUCACAUAAGACCCUGCUGUAGUAGAAAUUGCCAAUAUGCAGUGAGCUGCUAACUUGUGCUCUGCUGAGGUUUCCAGAGCUGUACAGCACAGAGGAGCAAUGCCAGUAGAGUUUCAGAGAGUUGCCAGGGGAGGUGAUAAGUUAGAUUGGAUAAUGCCUCACAGGGUAGGUCCAGGAAAAACCACCUGUGAGAUGAUGUCAUUGGAGGGAGGAAGGAGAAGUAGGAAGGAAGGAAUGGGGCAGUAUAUGGUAUUAUGCCUGUAUUAUCCCAAAGCCUGGCAGCUUCUGCUUGUGUGUGGGAAUGGUCAGGCUCAACUUUACCCUUGGUAUCUAUCACAUUGUUGUUUUCUUUAAUUAAUUUUGUUUUCUUUUAUUUUCUGGGCCCACUUGUGUUCUUUUUCACGUGCUUGAUUUAUUCAGCAGUUUGAGUGCCUCUAUGUAUAAUGUGUAUGGAGCAGAGGAACUGAAAUAGAUUUGGUUCUGGCCCCUUGAAAAUCAAUGGAAAUGUUUCACUUGUUGGUUUUUAUUGAAGAAACACUAUUAAGCCCUUUGUCUAUAUUGAGUUACAUACUGUAAAAACAGAAGGUUGAAUUCUUAGUCCGCUGAUUCCAGUACACAAGGAGGGAAAUUGGCUGAUGAGAGGCCUCACCUGCCCUAAGGUCUGUGCUAACCAGCUGUACCCUAAUUAGUGUUUGACAGGCACACAGUGAACACUGUAAGACAAUAAACAUACCAGGGCUGGCUUGUUUGCUUGCUGAGGGAAGGGCCACUUAGUCAUAUGUCAGAAAUACUCAGCUGGAAGAACAUCACCAGCCAAAAUUAUCAGGACGUGGAAACAAUGUGAAUGUUCUUUCAUGAAGAAAAUCUAAUCUAAAUAAGGACUUCUGCUUGCAGUUUCUUUAACCUUCCAGAGAAUAGUAUUCCUCUUCACUUUGUUUAUUGCCAAAUUUUUCCAGUUAUCAGUAGUUUUAUUCUAAUGGAGAACCAAAAAUUGAAACCAAUAAAAGAAGUAACAGAGUUAGUAAUUUGGUUUCAUUGGUCCAGGUCAUGAUUGCAUCCAUCUGAAGGCACUCACAAAGAGCCAUGGCAUAGAAAGAGCUCUGGUUUCUGCCCCAGCAAAGAACAAGAAAUAAUUGCCAAAUAAUUGGGAAAAUAAAUGCUAUUUCCAACAUCCUUUCCAUUUACUUGUCAGAAAAUUCUAUAAGAUAAGAUAGUCUUUUUUAUUUUUGAAAAUAAUUUAGCCGGGUCUCUUUAAGGAUUUUAAUAUGUAGAGCAUCCCCAAUAUUAGAGAGAGAAAAUACUCUCAAAUACAUAGAAUUUCAAUUAAAGGAAUGGUAAAUACAGAGAAAUGUGGGUGUGCAACUGGAUCCUAAAUUAUAAAAAUAACAAGUGAAAGUCAUUUUAUUUUCAAUUGAGAUACAAUAUAGGAAGCAAGUAAGAAUAUCCCCACUUAAUCACUUAAAUUGUGAAGAAUGUUAUUGCAUUUAGCCAAAAGAUAGAUGUUACAUUUUCAAUUUUGUUAGUAAAACCCAGUUUUUCUGUAGGUAACUUGAGUACUGCUAGGAAGAAUGUAGCAAAGUGUUGAGAAAUAUCUAGUAAUUUUAUACAUGCAGUAAUUUCCACUGAAAAGAUGUAAAGGAUGUUUUUUCCAAAGCUUAUUUUUUUCAGUUGUGCAAUAAUUUUAACAGUCUAGGGAGUUUGUUUUGUUUCUUUUGGGUUGGUUUUUUGUUUAUUUUUAGUUUGGGUUUGAUUUUUCUGUAGGGAGUUUUGAGUGGGUUUUUUUGAAGAUAAUUUAAUGCAGAUUUCCUGUUAAUGUCCAAAAAACAAAUUAUUUUUCUUGCAUAAUGUAAUGAGUGUUUUAGGGAUUAUUUUUUUACUAUGUAUCAGUGAGUUCUACACACUUAUUUAUAUUUAAAGAGCAUCUUUGUAAGCAAUUGUUUACUAGCAGUUAUAUUUUGCUGCAAGAAAUUAAAAAUGCUUAUAGGAAGACCUGGUUUUGCUGGAUAAUAUGUAAAAACUUCAUAAUGCAGGCAAAAAUAUUUUUUGGCAGCUAAACGCAACAAGUUUGCUUUGGAGAACUAUGCAGACUACAAAGAGUCUAGGUGAGUUCUUUAGGACCUGCAGAAAUCUGUCCUGUUUUCCUUCUUUAUUUUUAACUAUACUCUGGUUGGGAGUGGCUUUAAAAAUAGAAGGCAUGGUUUGCUUUUUGUUGAGGUACAAGAUAAGGUGGGUUACGUGAUAAGAGAGGGUGUAACUACACGGGCUGUUUGUAAGGAGGUCACUGUAGUUCAGUAGGGUUUGGUGAUGACACAGUUCAUCCACAGUUCCAUCCUCCACAGGUGGAGGUACAAGCAAACUAGCUUGGAAUCAGCUGAGGCACAAGGAAUAGUGUAGCAGUUUCCUCUGAAGCAUUUUCCUCUGCUCAGCCUAAUAGUGCUCCUUCUGCAGCUGGGCUCAGCUGCUUCCAGCACCACCACAGUGCUUCUGGCAGUGCUGCACGGAGCUCCUGGAGCUGUGCCCUGACGUUGCCUGCAGCAGCUUUGCCUCUUCAAGACGCUCCACAGGAGACCUGUUGGAGCAGGUGUUCUCCACUCAUCCUUCUAGGUCUGCUCCAAGAGCAGCAUGAAGCUGCCAUGGAGUUUGGCUGCAGCAGCUUUGGGCAGAGAGAGCCCCAAUGCCAGCCAGCAGCCACGGUGUCCAUCUGAAGUCAGAAUCUGCUCUGCUGGAGUUGCAAAGGGAUGAAACCAAAAACCUGAUAAUUUUGAAAAAUAAUGUCCUUGAAAUAUUAUUAUCUUGAACGGAAUCUAAAAAUUGAUAUUUAAAGUCUGGCAUAAAUGGAAUGGCAAAUUUUAGCUUUAAACAGUAAGAAUCCAUGUUUCUGCAACAUCCUGAAACUAUGAGAAGGUGAGGGGUAACAGAGGGGAAAAAAAAGGAAUUACCACAUUAGCAAUUUUGCACUCAGUUCCAGAGACCGCAGUAACAAGUGCCAUGGGCUGCCUGAAUAUCAGUAAAUGUGCACACAGGUUAAUCUCAGUCACAAAGGUUUCCUGUGAUGCAGCCACAUGUAAAACAGUGUUUUUAUGAAAAAGCAUGAAGGUCUGCAAGUGUCAGACAAGGAUACCUAACUUUCCUGAAGCCUUCAGCCUAAACUUUCCAUACAUCCAGGCUUUCCUUGAAGUGUCUUUUUAGUGUCCUCUCAGAAAUUACAGACAGAUUUUGGAGCUUGCCUGACUGUUGCCUCAGACAAUUUCUGUGCAUUUGCUUUUUGCAGCCUGAUGUGUGUGAUCCUAUGUUACCAUGGUGCCCUCUUACCUCUCAGAAACAUUUUACAUCUUCAUAUAAAAAUUGCAGAAAGUGCAAAAUCUGAUUUGAUGAAAUGAAAGGGGAGAGAAGACACAGUAAACUUUCAUUAACUUUUAAGAAUGUGUUUCCAGAGCAGCAGUUAGGAAUUGCAUGUCUGCGGGGCCCAAAUUACUCCAGACCACUAAAUCAGACUUAGAGAUUGGUAAGAGAUGAGACCCUUGUGUGGCAUGCUGACAGAGGGCCGACUUCCAGCCUCACUACCUGGUUACACCAAGAUACAUAAGAGACCAGAAUCCAACCCAAAAGGCACUUCCCCAUUACUGUGUGACUAUAAGGUAAAGAUGACUUGUAUGCUCCAUACAUAUCCACUCAAGGAAAUCAUGGAGCAUUAUCCAUUAGCCAUGUUGACGGCUCUGUAUAACCCCCCUUUAAGAAUGCUAGAAGUAAAAUCCUGGCCACAGAGUAGUCAUUCAGAUUUUUGACUUCUAUUCCCAUUUGUAGGAUUCCAUCACAGGACAGGAGGGCAAGCUGUUUAUGUUAUUUAGAGAGUGGCAUAAUAGCUUUCCCAGUGUUAAGAGAGCAAGUCACCUAUACUGCUUACAAAAAUGGGAAAAUUCUAGGAGACAAAUUGGUUUUUGUGUUCAUGUCUCUUCUCCUUCAAGGCACAAACCUUCAUUAGUAAAUACCAAUUUAGUGUCUUGCUGCCCUCAGGAGUAGUCUGCAGGGGGGCACCACAGGUCCUCUUUACAGGAUUGGAAUUUACAUGCACCAUUCUCAAAGGAAUAAAAUUAAUUACUACUCGUGAACAGUGGUCUAUGUGAAUUAUUUUGUCUUUGUAUUUAUUUAAUUUUCUUCUUAAGAAGUCCCACAGAGAUGUUUUUAAGAUGAAAAGACUGCUUUCCUUGUUGCCUGAUAUUACUGAAGAUAUAUCAGGAGUUUCUUUGGGUGGUUCUUUGGGUAAAACUUUUUAAGGCAAAAGCAAUUAAUGAAACAAAAGAAUGAAAUAAGAUUCAGUGAAGCAAUUCUUGCUAAGAAAACUAAAAGCUUCACCCUUUAACUUUCGAUUUUGCAAAUGAAUCUGUAAUGAGAAAUUUGUGUUUCGAGGCAAAUUGAUUGUUUGGGAGCACUAUGCAAGUGCACUGGUUUGCUGAAACAAAGCUGACUGCAGGAUUAAUAAAACAUUCUUUUGUAAGACAAAGUUAAAUAAAUGAGAACACCAAAUACUUACCUAUCCAGAGUGUUCAAUGAAAACUUAGAUGGUGUGAUGUCAAAGCCCGCCAGUCUGUUCUUAAUCCUCUGGUUUACAGUAUUAAAACAUGGACUGAUUCAGCAAUUCUAAAUCCUGACAAAGGUUGACAAUUUUCUUUGAAUUUUAUCUGACUGGCCAAGUAGGUGGCUUAAGAUACAGAUAAAGAUUAAAGUAAUAAUGAAAGAGAAACAUUUUGGAACAGUGUGUGGACACCUGAGUUCCAAGUAUUUCACAGGAAUAAUGCUCGGCCAGUAAUUCUUACCUAUGUUAUUUGAAGCUAUUUAUUCAGAACUUUUCUAACUUGCCCUUUGUUUCUUCAGUUUGCUUGAUACUUGAUUUGCCUUUGGUUGCUUUUCAUUUCUGUUUCACUAUUCAGCAUUCGCUGCUUCUUUUUCUGUUUCUGUGUUGUGUGUUUGGGGAAGGGUAUGUCUGUUCAAGACCUCGUUGUUUAUUGUAGAUAAAAUAUAUGGUGUUGUGGAAUAGCAUGGGGAUGCAUUCGAUUGAAAAGGCACUGUAGUGUUUCCUGAAAAAGAAGGGGAGUUGCAUUUGUUUAUAAAUGCAUUAUUUUGGUACUAUAACUUUGAAAGUGAUUUGGGAUUUUUUUCUCUUCUUCUUCUUCUUUUUUUUUUUUUUUUUGUUUGGUUUGGUUUUGGUUUUUAAUUUUUCUUUUAAAUUUAAUGAGCAUAAAGUCAUGCAGGUGCAUGCAUUCUUAAGUGAGCAAGCCCAGCAUGUUUUUCUUAAUGCUUUUGAAAAUUUGGUAUACCAUUUGUGAACUUUACUUACCUAGACUAUUUUUUAAUUAUAUUUUUUUAAUCUCCUUUUUUUUUUUUCCUCCUGAAUAUACCGUGGUAUACUUGGUUUCCAUUGUACUUAAAAACUACCCUGAUCUUCCUCUCCUUUUAUGUAUCUUGUGUAAUAGAUUUUGCAGGAGGUGCCUAGGAAGUAUUGUUGGUUUCCCUAUAAAAGUGUGGUUUGUCCAGAUUCUUUACUGUCUACAUGAUUGAGAGAUGGACUGAUUGCCCUAUUUUUCCUUGAUGAUUUGGAGUUGUAAGAGUUGUCCAGCUGUUGCUUAAUAAAAUUUUGCAGACUAGAAA